AAAGUGGUAAAAGCUAAAGCUAAGCUAAGCUCAGCUCAUCUCCCACUGAGCUUCGUCUUUGCUGGGUGGGGUUGGUGAUGUGGAGCUUUUAGGGGGUGUUCGCGAGCUUUUGGAGUCCACGGCUGGAAUCGGAUCUCUCCGCCCCCUCCUCCGCCUUUCCCUCGUCGUCUCUUUGGUAGAAGGAAGCGUGUCUAUUGUUUUGAUAUUUGCACUUGAACAAAGAAAGGAUGUAUAAUGGAGAAGAGACACAUUGGUGCUAUCAGUGCAACCAGCCAUUUGGGCUUCAAGGCCAAGAAGUAAUUUGCCCUUACUGUGCUGGAGGAUUUGUGCAAGAACUUCAGGAGGUACAGGCUCUGCCGUUGGCAGAUGUUUCAGCACCAUACCCGAUGGAUCUCUCUUCUCGAGUACCUCCAGUGUUUGACGCUUUAUAUGCUCUGGUAGGCGAUAAUUGUCUCGACCCCAGAAGUAGAUUUCUUGGCUUAGUUGAUUUGUUAAUGAGGGAUGCAGUCGCAGGAGGAAAUCCUAAUUUUGAUGUCAGAGGACGUCCAGCAGGAAGAAGACCAAGGUUAGCUGACAUGGAUGACUAUUUCAUGGGCCCAGGACUUGAAGAAUUGAUUGAACAGCUCACUGUUGAUGAUAGAAGGGGUCCACCCCCGGCACCUCAGUCGGCAAUCGCUGCAUUGCCGACCAUUAAGAUCACUCAGACGCAUCUUCGGGCGGAUUCAGAGUGUCCCGUCUGCAAAGAGGAAUUCGAGCUGCAAGCCGAAGCAAAGAUGAUGCCUUGCCACCACAUUUAUCACCCUGAUUGCAUUGUGCCUUGGUUGGUACAGCACAAUUCCUGUCCUGUUUGCCGCUUUGAGAUGCCGCCGCUGGGUGCCGGUUCUGUUCAGGGGGUUCAAAGCCGGAGUGACCAGAGUAGAAGCAGCAGCAGCAGCAGCAGCAGCAGCCCUCUAAGGAGUGGUGAUAGUGGCAGGGACAGUGCGAGGCAAAAUCAAGGGAGGAGGAGUCGAUUACCAUGGCCUUUUGGUUCAUCAAAUUCUAAUACCCAGCAAUACGCUGAAACAGGAGGAAGCAACUCGAGAACCAUUCAUGAGCAGAAUCACGAGAUGAACUACUCUGGAUGGCCAUUUGAUUACUGAGUCCCGCCAUACUUAGAGGAUAGUGAUAGAGCUCAUAAAUAAUCGUGGGUAGGUCUAAGUACUCGAUGGUCGCUCUUGUUUGCAUUGGGACUGCAGUGAAAGUUGUCUCCGGGUCAAACUAUCUCUGUGUUUUUGGAGUGGAUAUGGUCUCUUGAGGCCGCAGCUUGGUUGAAUAUCUAUCGGUUCUCAUAACAUUUUCCUGUGCA